CCGCAGUAUGUCAUGCAGGUGUCGGCCAAAGACGGGCAGCUGCUCUCCUCCGUCGUGCGGACGCUCGCCACGCAGAGCAGCCCCUUCAACGACCGGCCGAUGUGCAGGAUCUGCCACGAGGGCAGCAGUCAGGAAGACCUGCUUUCCCCCUGCGAAUGUACGGGGACCCUGGGGACCAUUCACCGCAGCUGCCUGGAGCACUGGCUGUCGUCUUCAAACACCAGCUAUUGCGAGCUCUGCCACUUCAGGUUUGCAGUGGAGCGCAAACCCAGGCCGUUGGUGGAG